AUGGCUGGUAAAAUAACUCAAAGAGGAGCUCUCUCUUUGCUGCUCUUCCUGGCUCCAGCAGUGACACCAACAUGGUUAGCAGGUUCAGGCUACUACCCAGAUGAAAGCUACAAUGAAGUAUAUGCUGAAGAAGUCCCACAGGUCCCUGCCCUAGACUAUCGAGUCCCCCGAUGGUGUUAUACAUUAAAUAUCCAAGAUGGAGAAGCCACAUGCUAUUCACCAAGGGGAGGGAAUUAUCACAGCAGCUUGGGCACUCGUUGUGAGCUCUCCUGUGACCGGGGCUUUCGACUGAUCGGACAAAGGUCGGUGCAAUGCUUGCCAAGCCGCCGCUGGUCUGGAACUGCCUAUUGCAGACAGAUAAGAUGCCGCACAUUGUCAUUCAUUGCAAGUGGCACCUACACCUGCACAAAUGGGGCACUUCUUGACUCCCGUUGUGACUACAGCUGUUCCAGUGGCUACCACCUGGAAGGUGACCGCAGUCGAAUUUGUAUGGAAGAUGGUCAAUGGAGUGGAGGCGAGCCUGUAUGUGUAGACAUAGAUCCCCCCAAGAUCCGUUGUCCUCACUCACGUGAAAAAAUGGCAGAACCGGAAAAACUGACUGCUCGAGUAUACUGGGACCCACCUUUGGUGAAAGAUUCUGCUGAUGGUACCAUCACCAGGGUGACACUUCGAGGCCCUGAGCCUGGUUCUCACUUUCCCGAAGGAGAGCAUGUGAUUCGUUACACUGCCUAUGACCGAGCCUACAACCGGGCCAGCUGCAAGUUCAUUGUGAAAGUACAAGUGAGACGCUGCCCAACGCUGAAACCACCGCAGCAUGGCUACCUCACCUGCACCUCAGCGGGGGACAACUAUGGUGCCACCUGUGAAUAUCACUGUGAUGGAGGUUAUGAGCGCCAAGGGACUCCCUCCAGGGUCUGCCAGUCCAGCCGCCAGUGGUCAGGAUCACCACCCAUCUGUGCUCCUAUGAAGAUUAAUGUUAAUGUCAACUCAGCUACUGGCCUUCUGGAUCAGUUCUAUGAGAAAAAACGCCUCCUCAUCAUCUCAGCUCCUGAUCCCUCCAACCGAUAUUACAAAAUGCAGAUCUCUAUGCUACAGCAAUCCACCUGUGGACUGGACCUGCGGCAUGUGACCAUCAUCGAGCUGGUGGGGCAGCCACCUCAGGAGGUGGGGCGCAUCAGAGAGCAACAGCUGUCAGCCAACAUCAUCGAGGAGCUCAGGCAAUUCCAGCACCUCACUCGCUCCUACUUCAAUAUGGUGUUGAUUGACAAGCAAGGAAUUGACCGGGAACGCUAUGUGGAACCUGUCACCCCAGAGGAAAUCUUCACAUUCAUUGAUGACUACCUACUGAGCAAUCAGGAACUGACCCAGCGUCGGGAACAAAGGGAUGUAUGCGACUAA